GCAACAGCAACAGCAACAGCAACAGCAACACAGGUGGGAGGAUGAUGCGCCUCGGGCGUCGGGGUGGUGGUGGUGGAGGUGGUGGAGGUGGUGGUGCAAGCAAUGGCCACACUGAUGGGAGCAGAAGCGGUGGUCGCGGUGCGGGCGAAACCGAAGGAGGAGGGGGAGGAGACGAUGCACGCCACUAUGGGAACGUUGACGGCGAUGAUGCAGCCACAGACCACCUGACGGCCAUCCUGGGCAGUAAUGAGGAGGAACCAGUUGGUGGUGACACGGAUGAUGCUGGUCUUGAGGAAGUCAAACGGGCAGAGACUGCGAAGCCAGCCACCUUGCAAGCACAGCCAGUGCCUGCAAUUGCCAUGGAACAGAGGCCGCGCACGGCCAGUUCCAUAUCGCCGCGAACUGCGCGCGCCACUGGAACCGGAUCACUGCAGGAAGCAGGGGAUCGAAGGAGACGCCGUAACACUGGCGAUCCCAUGACCCUGGCAGCAAGCGCCCGCAAUGCCGCCUCAAGAACGUUUGCCUCUCUUCAGCCAGUGUCGCUUCGGAGACGCAAGUCUUCAGACACAUCAUCAACACGCUCGAACAAGAGCCCAAAGCGGCUGUCCAUCAGGGAACGCAUUAUGCGCCAUUUUGGCGGCAGUAAGCAAGCGUAUCGGGUGUUUGGGGAGCCGCUCGCUGUUGCUGUGGAGCGCUCGUCUCUGCAAGACUGCAUCCCCCUCCCCGCCGUCUUUCGCCGCUGCCUCCUCUACGUCCAGCACAGAGGGCUGACGCAGGAGGGCAUCUAUCGAAAGCCGGCGUCGCACGCCCAGGUGGAGAAGCUCAAGGCAGCGUUCGAGCAAGAUGGGGACGUUGAUCUGCCGGCGUUCUUCAGCCAGGGGGCGGCGCACAACGACGUCAACACGACUGCGAGCCUGCUCAAACUCUAUCUCCGCUCCCUUCCAGAGUGCAUCCUCACGGAACAGCUGCAGGACGACUUUAAACAAGCUGUGCGGGCUGAGGCGGCUGCAACGCCUGCGGAUGUGGUGGAGCGCGUGAAGCGACUGCUGUUCCAGCUGCCACGUUGCAACUACCUUGCCCUUGGAUGGCUCUUCAAGCAUCUCGCCCAGAUUGUGGCACACGCCGACAGCAACUGCAUGUCGUUUGACAACGUCUACAUCGUCUUUGCUCCAACCAUCAGCCUCACAAAGAAUGUGAUGACGGUGCUUGUUGAGCAUGCGGACUCGCUCUUCCCCGAUGUUGAUCUUGUCGACUGCUCAUUCUUCAACCGCCGCAGAAGCGGAAGGGGGCGGCGGGCCCGACGUCGGGGAUCGCAGCAGAUACACGGGCCCUUGCACCCCAUGCCGUCAGCAGACGUGCUUGCACGCAACGAGCACGCCAUGAACCUUCUUGCUCGCCUCAGCCACGACAUCAUAGCCCUCGAAAAGGCGCUGCUGUCACACGAGGCCGAGAUGGCGGUGUUUGCCGCGCGCCAUGAGGAGUACCCGCCUGCCCAGCGCGAGCAGAUGGCUGAGAUUGAGGCGCGUCUUGCCACCGACCGCCAGUGCUACCAGCGACUGCAGCAGCGCACGCCCGGAUGUGCACCGCCACCGCUGGAGCCGCAGCUCGCACGCGCGCUCAAGGACACAUACGCGACGCUUGCUCUCGAGCACCUGCAUCUGAAGCAGACACAGGCGGCGCUGCUAGACUUUCUGCUGCAGGAAGAGACGGCGCUCGGCGUGCUGGAAGAUCGCGCGCAGCAGGAGCCGCCACUGGACGACCGGGCCCUCAGUCCGCACCAUCCGCAUGCGCUGCUGGCGACCGUUGACGAUACAGAGACAUUGCGCAACAUGCUGCAGCGCCUGGCAGACGAAAACACGCGCCUCUCCAGCGAAAACACACACCUUUUGCAGGAGCUGAGCGCUGAGGCCGACGUGUACUGCGAAAAGGCCGGCGCUGUCUCCGCCACGGCAACAUGCACCCACCACGGCGAGGAGCAGCAGAAACAAACGCAGGAAAGCAAGCAGCAGAAGCAGCAGAAGCAGAAGAAGCCGGGGGAGAGCGAUGCGUUUGAGGUGGAUGUGUUGCAGAACAACGGAUGCACCACCACCACUACCACCACCACCACCACCACCACCAACGACAAUGGCAGUGGCAGCGAACACACCACCACCACCACCAGCAGCAGCAGCAGCAGCACCGAGGACGAGGAUGAGGUGGCAUACAUGCCAUCACUCUCGUCGUUGGAGGCGCGAGCCAUCUGGACAAAGGCAUUCCAAGACUCGUUGCUGCUGGAGGUGGAGAGCCAGAGCGCGGAUGUGACGCAGAGCGCAGACGUGUCGAUGCUCGAGCGCUUUUCGUCGUCGUGUUUGUCCGAGCUUGUUGUGGACCCCAAGUCCGUUGCCAUUGAGAUGGAGAGUGACGCUGACACCACAAUUGUGCCGGACAUGGAUGACCACACCUCCCCUCGCGGAUACACACACCGCCUCUCCGGCGUGGUGGAGGAGCACUCUGUUGUGGAUGACGAUGAUGACGUUGUUGGUGACAACGUCGUUGGUGAUGAUGAUGAUGACGGGUCUGUGGCAGUCGAGUGCCAGUCGCCCGUGUCGAUUGCAUCAUGGCCCGGCACGCGUCCUGACAGCGUGAGCCAGCGCCACAGCAGCGCAAGCAGCAACCACUCGCUGCCCGUAACGGCUGACAUUGCCACCAGCAGCACCCGGAGCAGCCUCCAUGCCACGUGCGUUCGCCGCCUGUCGAGCUCGGCGGCGUCGGAGGACAUGCAGCAGCGAGGGGAGUGUGCACAGGGCGAUCACGAUGGCGGCUUCCACAGUGCCCAAGAUGAGCAGCACAGACACGCCAGCCAUGGUGGCGGCAGCAGCAGCGGUGUGUCGCCGUCGUCGCCGCUGUUCAGCGCCGGUGGCGGCCGCAGCAGCAGCAGCCCGCGUGGGGACGACUCACCGUUCUCGUUUGACAUUGACGCGCUGGAGGCGAUGAUCCGCAUCAACCCAUCGGACCUGGUGGGCAGCGAAGGCCUGACCCAUGGCGACCUCAACAACACGCCCCAGCACUCGCCUCCGCCCGACAAGGCGCAGCGCACCAAUGACGGUGGUGACGGUGACGGGUUGAAGCGGGUGGGCGAUGGAGCCGUGAACAUUGGCGAUGGUGCGGACGUGGAUCAGGGCGCACAGCUGGAGGCGGGUGAAGCAACUUGCGCCGCUGCCCCUGGUGCAGAUGCUACCUCACACGGUGGUGGCGUGCAAGUGGUCGAGGGAGGCAAGAAGGGCAAGGGAAAGAAGACGAAGAAGCAAAAGAAGGCAAAGAAGAAAGACAGGGACACCACGAGGAGCAAGAUGAAGAAGAUGAUGACGUGGGCAAAGCGGCGCGAUGACUCUGCAAAGGAGAUGGAUGAGAUGGAUGAGUUGGAUGAGGAUCAAGGGGAAAAAGAAGAUCAGGAGAAGGAGAAAACGGAGGAGAAGAAAGUUUCCAAGGCUGAGGACGCAGAGAUGGCAGGCGAGAUGAAUGAGGCCUCGAUGCAAGCUGGGCACAACGGUGAUGAAGAUGUGAUGGUGGACACCGAAGGGCAGAGUGUGGCGGUGGAUCGGCGGUUUUCGCUUCAUCCUGAAGAGUAUGACAUUUCUCCCAUGCUCUGACUGCCCAUGAUUUGGGCGCGUUCAUGCGUUGAAGGAGACGGGAAAGAAGUGAAGAAGAGAAAGCGAGGGCGGAGAAGAAGAGCGAGUACUUGUCCAUGCAGUCCUAUGACGAGAGCACGUUGAUCGGCUGGAGCGUUUGAUGCACGUGUGCGAUUGUGGUUCUCUUGUUUUGUUAAAUCAUCAUGUACAUGUGUGGUGUACACAAGAAGGUUGGUGAUUUCCUCUGCCUGGUUGAGAUGGCGCCAUUGGGCAGCCACCAUGGCGUGUGCAUAAACAACAGCAACAACAACACAAUACACGAGGAAGCGAG